CCUUCUGAGGGAGGAAGCUGCAGCGCUUCUCCUCCAGUCCCAGUGGGUAGUGGAUGGGGAGAUGCAGCUCCUGGCCUUGGCCCUGGCGUUCCUGGCGGCUCGGGCUCCAGUCCCGGAUAUUUGUGAAGCCCUCAAUGUAACAGUCUCACCAGGACCAGUUGUUCAAUAUUUGGAGGGAGAAAAUGCAACUCUUUUUUGUCAUGUUUCCCAAAAAAGAAGGAAGGACAAUUUACUGGCUAUUCGUUGGCUCUUUGCACUCUCUCCAUCCCAGGAGACACCAAUGAUCAAAAUGACAAAGUUGAGAAUGGUACAGUAUUAUGGAAAUUAUAGCCGAAGUUUCAACCGUCAGAGACUUCGCCUCCUAGAAGAAAGGCAUGGGAGACUGUACAGCCUCUCUGUUUUAAACCUUCAACCAGAGGAUCAAGGGAAGUAUAUAUGCAAAGUUCAAGAAAUUGGCAAACACAAGAGUAAGUGGACUGCAUGGUCGAAUGGUACGGCAGCUACAGAAAUCAGAGUGAUUUCUCCCAAAGCAUCAGAUGAUUCCACUUUUGAGAAAAAGAAAGAGACCUGGGCAUUUUUUGAAGAUCUCUACAUGUAUGCUGUCCUUGUGUGCUGCAUCGGGAUUCUCAGUGUCCUCCUGUUUACGCUGAUUAUUCUCUGCCAGUCUCUGCUUAACAAGAGGAAAUCGAGAGUGAAACAUUAUUUGGUGAAAUGCCCCCAGAACAGCUCAGGGGAAACAGUUACCAGUGUGACAAGUUUGUCUCCUCUCCAACCAAAAAUAGCCAAGAAGAGGAAAGAGAAGCCUGAUGUCCCUCCUGCUGUUCCUGCCAAAGCUCCAAUAGCUAAUGCUUUUCACAAACCAAAGUUGCUGAAACCACAAAGAAAAGUUAUCUUGCCAAGAAUCACGGAGGAAAACUUAACAUAUGCUGAACUGGAGCUGAUUAAACCCCACCAGGCAUCCAAAGGCCUUCCCACAAGCACCGUCUAUGCUCAGAUCCUCUUUGAGGAGAACAAGCUGUAAACCUGCCUCCCACCGUCUGCCCUCCAGGGCUUUUCUAAACGUCCUAUUUAAUAAU